AUGGAGGAAAUGGCUUCCCUAUGGAGCUAUCAAGAGAGCAUUGAUGAAUUGAAACAGAAGCUUUUGUACACUAUUGUUGAGCUUGAGUCAGUAAGAGUGGAAGCAAAUGAGGAACUGAGAAAGAACAAAGAAUAUGUGAAGCAAUUACUCCAACUCCUGAAGAUUGCUUACCAGGAAAGAGAUGAAGCAAGAGAUCAGCUUCAAAAACUGCUCAACAAGCUCAUUCCACCAACUACUCCAACUGAAUUCUUUACAACUGUUCCUCAACUCCAGCCCGAGAGACCCCUCGUAAAACCCACAAAAGCAAACUCAAGCAUAACUGAAUCUAACAGUCUCUCCGACACAUACAAUUACCAGUCACAUGGUUCAUCCCCGGUUAACUCCCUUUUUGAUGCUGUUUCAUCCCCUGAACUCUCAAACAUCAACAUGGGUGAUUCAAGUAACGUUGCAUUUGUGAACCAGCCCUUGGUUCAGGACUACAAUGGCAACUUAUCAACCGGUCUGGUCUCAUUAGGAACACCAAAAAUUGAUCAAGCUUCUAUAGUAAUCGAAAAUCUUGCUGAGGGAAAAAAUCUACCUCAGAAAGGAAAGCUCUUGCAGGCUGUGCUUGAAGCAGGGCCACUUCUUCAGACACUUCUUGUUGCCGGGCCACUUCCCAGGUGGCGUAACCCACCCCCUCUUCAACCCUUCCAUAUUCCACCUGUUACAAUCAAAGGCUGUGAUGCUGAAAUUGUCACUCAGAAACCAGUUGCAGACUCAAACCAUGUUGUCUCAAGACCAUUGAAUUCACAAUCUUAUGUUGAGAUGUCUUGUGGUUCUUCCCAAAUGCUGUCGACACCCAUGUUGAAUUUUUCUAAUGGAUCUUCUGGAUUGCACCUGGGCAGUGGGAGAUUGAUACCUGCAGGAGCUAAUAUUCACAGUUAUAUCCCAACCGGCAAACGACAGAGAUUCCAAUGA